AUGGGCUCGCAUUACUUUCCAAGUUCGUCUGUUGAGCUCAAAUGCUUUGGAAGUUUGUCAUCCGGAUUCGCUACAAAAGCCUCAGAUAUGGACCUGGGACUAUUUUCUCCUUUUUCCAGCAUGCAACCGGACGUGGCAGGGUCGAUGAUACCACGGAUGCUGGAGAAAGCAUUCCUGGACGCGGGACUUGGCGCCAGGCUACUCAGUCGGACAAGAGUCCCAAUUAUCAAGCUGUGUGAAAACCCACCCGAAGAGCUACGCCACGCGUUGCUUUUGGAACGACUGAAAUGGGAACACGGUACAGGGGAUGCAGAUGCUUCAGAAGACCCAGAGGAAUAUGAGCCAGACUCAAAAGCUAACGAGAAUGCCGGCAACCUGACGACGGGCAGCCACGGGACUGAGUCUGCGCCACCGGUAGAGUUUGGAUCUCCGGCGAGGGAUAAUGGUGGAGGAGACGAGCGCUUCCAGUUGAAACAAAAUGCUCAAAGCUCACUUCGAAUGCAUUAUGCCUUGGCUAAGAGGGUAUUGAGAAGAGCUGGGGGUCGUGAUGUUACAGCAUCCAAUUAUCAUGAAUUCUCUGAUAUGGAAUGGGUGACUCUCAAAAAGGUCUGUCAGGCGUUUGUGCAUGGAUUAUGCAACCCGGAGCUUCGAUGCCGAUUGGAAUCGUGUCCCUCAUUGUCGUUCGGGACAUCUUGGUCAGCGACAGGCUAUCGAUCUCUUGCGGGGAUUUGUGACCAGGCAGAAGGCGAGCAGAUAUGUUUGGUGUGGGAAAAUUGGUCUUCGAAAACGCUCAUCUGUGAUUCAGAUGCGCAGUCUAUGGAGGCCAUGAGUACUUGGAGGGAUAUCCAGCAGAGAACAGAUUUUGGAGCUAACCCCCUUGCUUAUAACCGAGAUCUGCAUUUUGCAUUCGAGAGGAUGAAGCGGCUACCACUAGUCCAGCUGUGUCGACUAAAGCAAGAUGUACAUGAAUCCCCAGCACCGUAUCACUCCCGAGCACGAGUCAUCGCAGAUAGCCUUGUCAAGAUGGAUAUGAACACGUCAGAUUUAGCGCUGAAAGAGGUUGCGCUGCGGUACAUUGCAGGAAUCAAUGACGACAAAAUUCGUGGGGAAAUGAUGAGUCUCUCAAAUCAAUCCCAGCAACCGAUGGAUCUUGAGGAGCUGGGACAGAAACACAAGUGCUUAGAUCUUGCCUACAAACUCGAAAUGGCGACUGAUAACAAUUUUUAUGACGAAAGGCUUACUGGAGUUAUCAAAGACUACAUCAAAAUAUUGCGAACACCACUGGUCAAGGUUACUGGGGAUCAGCAAAUUGCUAGAUUCAUUAUUCCAGUAACACAGGUUACGUUGCCAUUGCUUUCCUCUAUACGGCUCCUCCGGGAUCCCCAUAAGUUGGCAGACAAACAAUCACGGAACAAAUACCGAGAUGCCCUGGAAUUUCCAUCUGGUGGAGUCGGAGUUCAAUGUGAUAUCAAUUUCUCGGCACACCUCGCUCUCCAAAACACUUUGCUGCUCCGUUGCUACUCCCUUACAGACUCCCGAGUUCGACCCAUGGUCUUGUUCGUCAAAAGGUGGGCUAAAGUUCGCGGGAUAAACUCUGGAUACCGUGGCACAUUGGGAAGCUAUGGCUAUGUGUUAAUGGUGUUGCACUAUCUUGUCAACAUUGCAAAGCCAUUUGUGUGCCCCAAUCUCCAGCAGCUCACCCCUCCCAUGGCCACACUUUCUUCCCCUUCCAGCAGCCCGAAUGUGCCAACGUGUCAGGGAUAUAACGUCGAGUUCUGGCGUAAUGAGAACGAAAUCAUGCAUCUUGCAAGCGGUCACCAGCUCAACCAAAACACCGAAAGUAUUGGCCAGCUGCUUCGGGGUUUCUUCGAAUACUAUGCUCAAAAUGGGCCAUUGAGUCGCGGGUUUGGCAAGGGAUUCUGUUGGAGAAGGGACGUAAUUAGCAUUCGUACCUUUGGUGGCCUCGUGACGAAGCAAGAAAAGGGCUGGACCGGGGCUAAAACAGUGUAUGAAUGCCAAAUCCCUACCGGUGAUGCGAUGAAAUACUGCGGGGAAGAGCUUUUGUCACCAAAGACUGCGUGCUCAGACUCAGCUGGACCGAAGACAACCCAUCCUUCAGUGACGAACAGAAAGCACGGACAAGUGAGAGAAGUCAGGCACAGGUAUUUACUUGCCAUUGAGGAUCCUUUCGAAUUAGAUCAUAAUGUCGCUCGAACUGUGACACACAGUGGCAUUGUAUCAAUUCGCGACGAAUUUCGGCGAGCCUGGCGGCUUAUUAAGACAGCUGGGUGCGAAGGCUGGAGCGAAAACUUGCUAGAAGAUGCCACCGAAGCUACGGACGAUCACCAAUCCUUCAUGAGACUCUUGGAAGAUAUUCAUGGUCCUCAAGACCAAUGGAUGCAAGCCCAGUUUUGA